CUCUGCCAUUCCUGCCUGCUCUCAGUCUCUGAGGAAUGCUGCAGACUGGAGCCACUUGGACGCCGGCGGAUCAUUCCCUGUAGUUAAGAUCUCCCAGAGCAGCAGAUCAGGAAGGAUGAACAGCUCCUGUGUCGGCUGCCUGAAGAGCCUGGUGGUGUCUCUGCACUUCCUGUGCUGGUUGUGUGGAGCCUUCGUGGUGGCCUUCGGGGAGUUCCAGAUGAUGCACUCCAGGUUCGCCUCCCUCAUCACCACCUUCUGGCCGAUCUACGCCUCCAACACGCUGGUCGUGACCGGCACCAUCGUCACCUGUGUGUGCUACCUGGGAGUUCUGGGGGGCAUGAGGGAGAACCGCUGCAUGCUGAUCACGUUCUACGUUCUGCUCUUCCUCCUCAUGCUGGUGGAGCUGGCCAUGGCCUGCGUCUUCUUCGUCUACGGCAGGGAGAUCGACACGUACUUUGAGAAGGACCUGAGCCGCAGCCUGGAGGUCUACAUGCAGUCCACCUCAGGGGGGAACCAGACCAUUAAAGACGACUUUGAUGCCGUCCAGUACCUGUUUCAGUGCUGUGGAGUUCAUGGUCCAGCGGACUGGAAGGGAAACGCUCCGCGCUCCUGCUGCAGAAAGGAUCCCUGCAACAUCGCUGACCAGCCCAACUGGGAGGAGGGCUGCCUGCUGAAGCUGAGGAACUGGUUCGCCUCCAACUACCUGAGCACUGCGUCCGGAGUGGUCACCAUGUUCAUGAUUCAGAUGGCGCUCUAUGGUCUACAUCAUGUGCUGCUCCCUCAGGGAGCGGGCAUGUUGGUAGUACAGGGUGGAGUGAAGCCACCGGCCGCCAUAUUGGUACUCCCUAGUUAG